UAGUUCAUUUUAAAAUUGUUAACUCGGAGUGUAUACAUAUUAGUUUAUAGAAGACAUUGAAUAGAUUUACAAUAGUCUGGUUUUAUACGUAUUUCAUCUAAUAAAUUAAAAUGAAUGCUGUACAAUUUGCUAUUAUUAGAACAUUAAUCCUUGUUUUAUUUUUAACAUCAACUUGCCUUUCAGAUGAAACAUCACAACAAAAAGGUCCUGGAAUAUCGGCGUGUAAUUUUUAUGGUUCAAGCAAUGGAUCAAUAUUAUCAGUUAAUGACCUACCAGAAGCGUGCACAUCUCUUUUUUGGGACGGGUUGUUAAUAGAUGUAAGGAACAAUGUUGAUUAUGGAUACGACAAUAAAACAAAGGGAAAAGAAUUGGAUCUAGUUUUAAAAAGUAGUAAACCCGUGUACGUGUAUUAUGGUUAUUUUAAUAUAGAAGUUUGGACUUACGCUCUCGGGUGUGGCGAUUGUGAUGGAGAUGCAUCCAUUCGUGAGUCAAUGAAAGGGUUAACGGCUUAUAUGAAAGCUCAUCCGGGAAUCAAAGGAAUAAUUUUUACUCGUCUUCAGUUUGAUGACGAUUCAGAAGCAAUCCCAGAAUUUACUGAAAAACUAAUGGCAUACAUUAAAAUAAUGAGGGAAACGUUUCCGGACUUGGAAAUUGGCAUAAGCCUUAUGGGAAAUACCCUAAUGGACUACUAUGCAAAACCGAAAUUUGAAUGGUUGGACAUCAAAGUUUUAAGUACAGUAGUGGAUUUAUAUGUAAUUAGUAUACUCCGUUUCAAUAAAUGUUCACUUGACUCGAGAAUCGACAGCAUUACUCCAGUAGAUGGAUGUGGAAAAUACACAUUGACUAAACUACAUCAAGUAUUAGAGAAAAAUUGCUUUCCACAAGAAAAAUUGUAUUUCUCUAUUAAUUUAUAUCCCACAAAUAAGGAAUCAAUUUUUAAGGCAUGGAGUUCAACAUAUCAAAAGGUUAUAACGUAUAAUUCUAUAUUGCUUAACCUUCACCUAUUUUGAAAGUG